UUUUGCAGUACAGCUGGACCGCGAAGGGGGCGUGCCGCUGCACCCACGGUUCGUCAGUGGGUUUUUAGUUAUCAUGGUCGACACGUUAAGUGAAGUUUAAAAGCAAGAAGGAAAAAAACUGUACUUGUUCGAACUAUAAUAGCGCAAACUGUGUCUGCCGUUUAGGAAGCAAACCACCGGUUGCACCAGGUAGGAAUACAGAGUGCGUCACAGUGCAUCGAGUGGGUUUGUCACUGCUAACUAUGUGCUGGAAAAGUGUAAAGAUGACUUUUGAAUAUGACUAAUGAUUAAGAUUCUAUUUUAAAAAAUACUGGCAUGUGUAUAGUAUUGUUUGAACACUGGGAAUGUCAAGCUGUUUAAACUUCUAUUAGCGUAUCUGUUUAUGUUACUAGUACUGAAUUUUUAAUAGCUGGUUAAUUAGUCCAACUGCGACAGUUGGUUUACAUUUAAUUCAAUGUUUGUUUAUUUGUUGUUUUUUUGCCAAUGGAAUCUAUAGGGGUCUGUGGUUUAGAUUUAGCUAUAGUACAUACUCCAGUUUUACUGGUACUAUUCAUUAAAGUAAUCUAGUUACUUGUCUCUGUUAUAGAUUUGCUGUAUUUUUGUAUUAGAUAAUAGUUUCUAUUUUUGAGACGCUACUAUGCUGUUAUUAGUAAUAUUGCAUAUCUCACUAGUUACAAUAACAUUUUUACAUUUAACAACACUGUAUGUUUGUAAUGACUAGUCAGGCAUUACAUAGUCCAUAUACGUACUGCCUACUUUAAAGGUAAAAUCUUAAAAGUAGUAACUACUGUUACUACAAAAAAAUAAAAUAAAAAAUACUAGGAAGAACUGAAAUGCACAGUAGUGUCUAAUGACACAGUAUUGUGCUCAAAGACUGGAAUAGAUAUUUUAUCAAUUUAUAUUUUAUAAUGUGUUGCCUUUGGACUUAUCCCAGUCCUUAAUUCUGUCAUGUAUUAAAAUAUGAUAUAAAUAUAUGUAAUAAUAAAUAUAGUAUGGAAGUAUAAAUAUUCCUUAUAAAAUCUGAUAAUUAUUAUAAUGUGAAAAGCUUAAACCAUCAGCUUUUGCUCUAUAAUUGUAUUGUAAAAUAGCUCAAACUAGCUGCAAAUAUAGUUUUGUUCACCACUUUAAUCUCUUAAUUCUGAGGAAAGUAUUUCACAUCUCUUGCUUAAUUGGUCACUGUAGUGUUCUUCAUUAUUGUCUUCAUGACAGGGUUCUGCAGAUACUGAACCCCAGGCCAAUGCCAAGUCCAAUUAUGCCUGUGGAUGUAGCAAUGAGAAUUUGUCUGGCACAUUCGCCGCCUCUUUGCAGUUUCCUCAGUUCAUAUGAGGACUGUAAGUCCAAGAUCCUAGUCAACCAGUACAAACCUCUGAGAUCCUGCAUCAGUAACAAGACAGAUGUGGACACUGAUAACAUAGGAUGGAAGAGACCUGAGAUCAAAAACAAAAAGAAAGUAGUUUUUGCUGACUCCAGAGGCAUGUCUCUGACAGCAGUCCAUGUAUUCAAGGAACUCGAGGAAGACCCCAUGUUAGACCUGCAGUUCGAAUUAUCACACUUGGAAGAUGCCAUUGUGGGCCUGAGAGGGGAGAAGGAGAAUAAUUUGAUUUUGGAUUUCCCUCAGCCUGCUGCAGACUAUUUGGACUUUCGGAACCGUCUAAAGAAGAGUCUGGUAUGCUUGGAAAACUGUAUAAUUCAAGAGAGAUCACUCACCGGCACAGUCAAAAAAAACAAGUUGAGGCCUUGAAUGAAGGUGAUUGUGGACUGUGAUGAACCGCGAGCUGCUGUAAUUGCGGAAAGGGAUCAUGUUUGAAUGUAAAAAGGAGCCUACACAAGCCACAGUGUAUGCCUACAUAUUUUUCUACUGCAAAGAAAGAUGUUUGUUUGAAAGAAUCUUGUACUAUACUCUUUCUUCCUGUUAUAAAUAAAGCCUAAUGUUUCUAUGA